AUCUGCAAGAACAGUGGUAAUUUUGGGAAAUUAAACAUGGACAGUUCUCAAAUAAUUUUUCAUCUCAGAGACAUAAACCCAGCAAUGGUAAAAGCUUGGAAUGAAGAAUUUGCUCCUUACAGUACCACUGUCAAGAUAUCAUGCGGUGACAUCUUUGAAGGAGCUCCUUCAGUGGAUGCAAUUGUGUCACCAGCAAACAGUUUUGGUUUCAUGGAUGGAGGUAUUGAUAUGGUUUAUAUUAGGCACUUUGGUUGGCAAAUGCAACACAGACUUCAAGCUGUGUUAAAAGAAGAUUACAACGGUGAACUGCCUGUGGGUCAAGCUGCAAUCAUCAAAACACUCUCUGCUAAUGACAGUAACAAAAAGUUUGAGGAUCCGAAAUUUAAUGAAGGGAAACUGAUAAAGUAUCUUAUUAGUGCACCAACCAUGAGGGUACCACUGAAUGUUACUGAUACUGUCAAUGCUUAUUUGGCAUUCAGGGCAGUAAUAAUAGCUGUGAAAGAACACAAUAAAGCAGUGGAAAACCCUGAAGAUCAAAUUACCAGUGUGCUAUGCCCGGGUCUUGGAACAGCAGUUGGUGAGAUGCCUCCCAAGAGAUGUGCCUUCCAAAUGCGACAAGCCUUUGAAAUUUGUGCCCUGGGAAGGCAGAGUUCACUGGUAAAUCCAUCGCAUCUGAGCGUUGUCUGGACUCACCAUGAUACCAUGCAAAGCUAUUCAUAAUUAACUGCCAAGAGACAAUUUCUCAUUGCAUGCUUCUGUUUAUAAUGCGCUAGAAAACAGCCCAAAGAAAAUACGCGCACUGAUUGGUUUAAAACCGUGUUUUUAUACUCGCCAGAAACACAGAACUAGGACGAGUUGUUUUCGUAAUGAUGGCGAGAGCAAAGAGAAUUUACAUUUUGAUGAUUACAGUAAACAAGUUGUUUUUUUCGUUACGGAAUUGUUUA